GGUGAAAAUCCCCCGUGGCCGCGGGAGCGGCGGCGGCGGCGGCGCGGCCCCGCGGCCCGGCCCGGCCCGCAGCAUGGCCAAGCACCACCGCACGCCGGCGCGCUCCGCCGAGCCCGUCAUCGAGGUCAAGAGCAAGUUCGACGCUGAAUUUCGCCGCUUUGCCAUGAAGCGCUCCGGUGCGGGCAGCUUCCAGGACUUCUACCGCCUGCUGCAGUCGGUGCACCAGAUCCCACGGGUGGACGUGCUCCUGGGCUACACGGACAUCCACGGCGACCUCCUGCCCAUCAACAACGACGACAACUACCAGAAAGCCCUGUCCUCUGCCAACCCCCUCCUCAGGGUCAUCAUCCAGAAGAAGGCAGAGUCUGACGCCGGCGUCUUCGCCUCCAACUCCUUGCAGCGGAAGAAGAAGGGGCUGCUGCGCCCCGCGCACUACCGGGCCAAGCCUCACCUCCUCAUCGGCAUGCCCCAGGAUUUCCGCCAGAUCUCCUCCAUCAUCGACGUGGACAUCCUGCCCGAGACCCACCGCCGCGUGCGGCUCCACAAGCACGGCUCCGACAAGCCGCUGGGAUUCUACAUCCGCGACGGCGUCAGCGUGCGCGUGGCCCCGCAGGGUGUCGAGAAGGUGCCCGGCAUCUUCAUCUCCCGCCUGGUGAAGGGCGGCUUGGCCGAGAGCACGGGGCUGCUGGCGGUGAGCGACGAGAUCCUGGAGGUCAACGGCAUCGACGUGGCCGGCAAGUCCCUGGACCAGGUGACGGACAUGAUGGUGGCCAACAGCCACAACCUCAUCAUCACCGUCAAGCCGGCCAACCAGCGCAACAACGUCAUUCGCAGCAGCAAGGCCUCGGGCAGCUCGGGCAUGUCCACGGACAGCACCCCCAGCCAGCAGACCCCCAGCCCGGCCUCGCAGUACCUGAGCAACUACAGCACGGCCGAGAGCGACGAGGAGGGCGACUUGGUCAUCGAGAGCGACAGCGCACCCCACUACAUCCCCGGGGGCUGCCCCAACGGGGGCCCCGUGGACGGACCCCUCCGGCGGAGCCUGUCCCCGCACAGCUCGCGGGGCUCCCUGCAGUCCCUCGGCAGCCACGACGGCAGCCCCAGCCGGGGCAGCGGGCGAGAGGACGGCACCCUCAUCACCCUAUAGCCACGGGGUCCCACGCCGCCCUUGCCGGCCUUCUGCAUGGCCAGGCUGGUCACGGGCGCUGGGGCGAUGAGAGGGCCAGCGGGCAGGGCCAGCGCG